GAACCAUCAAUCUCCCUUGAUCCUUGGCACAUAUUUGAGAAAAGAGUAUUAUUUAUAGUAUCCGAUAAUCCUCUUUCCUGUUUAAUCCAAGAACAAGAUCCCAAGCACUGAUAAAAGUCUAAGAUCAUGUCCUUGUUUAUUAAUGCCAUCACCACUGUGGGACAAAUUCAGAUAGAUCAGCUUUUACGCCUUGAACAAUUUAUUAUCACAAUUUGCCGCAAUUUAAUUUUGUUGCUUCUUACUCCCUUAUUCACAAUAUCAUUAUUGGAAUGUGUCACAUAUUGUUACAGACUUGUACUGAAGAGCACUAAGAAUACAUUAGAAUUUGCUAAGUUUGAGCUGACAUUCAAACAACUCAGAAGUCAAACCUGGCGGUUACAUUACGAAUGGUUAACAAGAGUGUUAGGACGCCAUGACCAGGUAAACCCGGAACAAGCUAAAUUGACAACAUGAUCAACUAUUAUCUGGCUUACUCGCGCUCUAUAGAUUAAACCAUACUCCACUACAUUAUCAUUAUCAUCCAAAGUCGGUGAUGACCAGUCUUGCACAAAGUCAUGCUGCAAGAAUUAUUAUUACUAUUUAUUAUUCAUUACUACUAAUGAUGUUUUUUUUUACUUCUAUAUGGGAUUGGCUUAUUAAACCAUUUACCCUCCUUGCAUUAUGGUUGACCGCUGUGCGGAACCUUCAACCUUAUUCAAACCCCUUGCCCAGCCUUGAGGGAACUUUUACAUCCCCUCCACAUUUAUGUAUCCCUCUCUAUAUUAAUUAAAUACAUGAUGAGUAUAUUAA